UUUUGAUGGUAGCAUAUGCAAAGCGCGAACAACAACAAAAGGAAGAGAAAGGACACCAAUAGCGGAAGUACAGGAUUUAGGUGUAUAUAAACCAGAGGAGCCUUACAAAGUUAUCAGCACUUGCUGUAUCAACAUUUCAUACAAAACAGCAUGAAGUUCCUUGUCUGUUGUCUCCUCCUCCUUUCCGCUUUGGUAUCAGCGGAAGAGGAAAAGAAGAAAGACACGAAGACGGAAAAACGAGGCGUCUUCGGUCUGGGUUACGGCUCCAGUGGUUUCGACAUAGGUGACCAUGGAAGUUUCGGCGUCGGUGACCACGGACUUGGAGGGAUCUCGGUGGCACAUGGUGAAGUGAAGGCUAUCACAAUAACGAAGGAAGUCAAAGUUCCAGUUCCACAACCCUAUCCAGUCCCUGUCAAAGUUCCUGUAGCCGUUCCUGUAGACAGACCCUAUCCCGUGCACGUCCCUCAACCAUACCCAGUCCCUGUGGAGAAGCCCGUACCUUAUCCAGUCAGCGUCCCCGUUAAGGUUCCUGUCCCUCACCCAGUCCCUAUACAUGUUCCCAAGGUUGUAGCUGUCCCUGUACCUAAGCCUGUAAUUGUAGAAAAGAAAAUCCCUGUGUUAUUUAAGGGUCAUGAGAGUUUCGGUGGCUCCGAUUUCGGGGAAAUCGAACAUGGAUUUUCUAGUUAUGGAGGCUCGAGUUUCAGCCACGGAGGAAUUAGUUUUGGGCAUCACUAAACCACUGCAUUUAGGACAAGAAGAUUGAACCAUAAUGCGGGGUAACAAAUUAUUUUCAUCUUUAAGAAUUAAGACAUGUGUGACUGCUGAACUCUGAUGAAACUCUCAUAUUUUUUGUACACAUAACCUCAGUACAUUUUGUAUUGUCUGUAGAUAUUAUCUAAUUGGGCUAUGGCAGACCUUCACUGAAGCAAAAUAAAAAACAUAUUUUCAUAAUUUCAUAUACAAUUAGUAUACAUGAAUGACAAUGUAUUGUAAUGAUUACUUUAGGUUUAAAAUAUAACACAGUUAAUUUAUAUUGCGUUACUAAAUGAAGCUAUAGAAGCAUGU